UUGUGGGCACUUAGUUUGGCACAUUCUCAACUAUCUGAAGUAUUUUAUUACUAUUUAUCAAUUAGGUCUUCUUCAAAAUGUCUUUAGAACCAUAAUUAUAAAAUGGAUCUAUUUUUGGAAUCUGUUUUACAUUUAUGGUUUAUGCUUUGGCAACUUUUGGAGUUUUAAUGUGUAUGGACACUUUAGAAUGCUUUUUACACUCUUUAAGAUUACAUUGGGUAGAAUUCUAGAGUAAAUUUUAUAAAGGCGAUGGCUAUUGUUUCUAAAAAUUUAAUUAUCUUCAUUUUUUAGAUUAGAAAUUUUAAUUUAGUACAAGAAUGUGA